AUGUCAUCAAACAAUAAGAUGAAAGGCCUCCUCAAAGGCCUGAGAUACAUUUCUCAAAUAUUUGAGAAUGAAAAAGAGUCUGAAAUGCAGAUUGGUUUGCCCACAGAUGUGAAGCAUGUGGCACAUAUAGGAUGGGAUGGCCCAUCUGUAAAUUCUGCACCCAGCUGGAUGAAUGAGUUUAAAUCACCGCAAGGAUUUUCAUCAGAACCUUUAGCUAACGCAGGAGUUCGGGAGGAAGAUCCUGUCAAAUGGGUCUCUCAAGAUGGAAGCAACCGAAAAGGCUCACGGCGUCAAAGCUCUUCAUCAAGAGACAUGCCAGAACUGCCAAAAUCAUCAAGGCGCAGCUCAUCUACAAAUGGGAACGGUACAGGAGAGUCUUCAAUGAAGGAAAAACCAGAUAAACCUAGGCAAUCAAGGAAGCCUUCAAAUAACUCUUCUUCCAAAGAUACUUCAGAUGGAAUUGCCAAGCCUAAAAAAUCCAAGGAUGCAAACCAAGCUACUGAUUCAGCCUCACAAGAUCUCCCUGGCAUCCCAAAGAAAAGCGGUCGGCGGAAAAAGUCCAAAGACAGAGACUCAGUCGAGGGAUCCUCCAGGAGGUCCAGAACCCAGGACUUGGAUAAUGGAUCCGAGUCAGGGUCUGUAUCUAGAGGCCGAGGGGAACAACUCAGUAAUGCUUCAGCUUUUGAAGAAGAGGAGGAUAAUUCCAGAGAAAAUUAAUGUUGGUGGCAUUGUUUUUGGUUGGUAAUUGCACAUUGGUAGC